GUUUCUGCAGGCGACACUUGCAAGCGACCCUUCACGCCAAACCUGCCCUUCAAUUCUUCUCUUCAAUAUACUUCUCUCUCUUCAGAAACAGUCCAAAUUUCCAUUCUUUUUUCCACUACUUCCUUUAAUUAACAAUGACUUGCGCACAGACUUUUCUUUUUCAUCGUUAUUACGACUGUUGAAGCGAUCGUUGAGGUGAAAGCUAGCUAAUAUCAUUCACUAAGAAGAGGGAAACACCAUCAUCGUUUGGUAAGGAGCUUGGUGGUUAGGUGGUCUUCUGGCUUUCAAGGAGCAUUUUCUUUACAGGUUGUCUCGUGGGUCGAUCUUUUUUUAUUCAUUUUUAGAUGGAGGAGAGGUAUGAGCCAAUCAAGGAGCUUGGUUCUGGAAAUUUUGGGGUGGCAAGGCUUGUGAGGGAUAAGAAGACAAAGGAGCUUGUUGCUGUAAAGUACAUAGAGAGGGGGAAAAAGAUUGAUGAGAAUGUACAGAGAGAAAUCAUCAAUCACAGGUCCUUAAGGCAUCCAAACAUUGUUCGCUUCAAAGAGGUCAUAUUGACUCCGACACAUUUAGCAAUUGUCAUGGAAUAUGCAGCUGGUGGUGAACUGUUUGCGAGGAUAUGUAGUGCUGGUAGAUUUAGUGAAGAUGAGGCGAGAUUCUUCUUUCAGCAACUAAUAUCUGGAGUCAGCUAUUGUCAUUCCAUGGAAAUUUGUCACAGGGACCUGAAACUUGAAAAUACACUUUUGGAUGGAAGCCCUACACCACGACUUAAAAUAUGUGAUUUUGGUUACUCCAAGUCUGCUCUGUUGCAUUCACAACCCAAAUCAACAGUUGGAACACCGGCAUACAUUGCUCCAGAAGUACUAUCAAGAAAAGAAUAUGAUGGCAAGAUUUCAGAUGUUUGGUCAUGUGGGGUGACACUGUACGUGAUGUUGGUGGGAGCAUACCCUUUUGAGGAUCCUGAAGAUCCUAGAAAUUUCCGCAAGACAAUUGGGAGAAUAAUGAGCGUUCAGUACUCCAUACCGGACUAUGUACGGGUCUCCGCAGAUUGCAAGCACCUUCUUUCUCGUAUUUUUGUGGCCAAUCCUGCAAAGAGGAUCACCAUCCCAGAGAUCAAGCAGCACCCUUGGUUUCUAAAAAAUUUUCCAAAGGAGCUCAUUGAAAUCGAGAAGAAAAAUUAUGCAGAAUCAGAACGUGAUCAACCAAGUCAGAGUGUUGAUGAAGUAAUGCGUAUCAUACAAGAGGCGAAGACGCCUGGGGAAGGUGCCAAAUUGAGCGAGCAAGCUAUCGCGGGUACCUCUGAUGACUUGGAUGCUGAUUUGGAAUCUGAAAUUGAUGUAAGUGGCGACAUGGAGCCCCCAAUAUAAGCAUGUGUUCCUAGUUUUAAUUGAUUUCGGAUCAAGUAUCACAUGCCAUUGUCAAUCUAUUUUCAUUCUGAAGUAUUAGCUAAAGCAGUGUAACAUAUACAAUUCGGCUUUUUUUUUUUUUUUUCUUUAAGAUUGUAUUGUUUAUAAGACAGGUUUGUUUUUAUUUGUGUGUUGGAAAAAUCAGCAUAUAACUUUGAUUCA